AUCUGAUUGGUCCUAUAGCCUUGCUAUGCAGCGCCUAGGUUACGGUUCCCUGUUAUCCUCGUACAUAAAUACUCUUCUGUCCGAGUUACUGCAACUUUUUGAGCUUCUGCUGCUUAACUGGCGCUCGGUCGAAACACAAUUACAUAACUGACGUUUGACUCACAAAGGAUGCCUGGGUCUGCCUCGAUCAACUGCUUGGGGCCGUGGCCAAAAGAUGUGGGUAUCAUUGCCAUGGAACUGUACUUCCCCUCUCAGUAUGUGGACCAAGCCGAACUGGAACAGUUUGACGGUGUUACGGCCGGCAAAUACACCGUGGGCCUGGGUCAAGCCUGCAUGGGCUUCUGCUCGGACUGCGAGGAUAUAAACUCCCUUUGCCUGACAGUGGUGCAAAGGCUGAUGGAGAAGAGCAGCCUGUCCUACGAUUCCGUGGGUCGUUUGGAAGUUGGCACUGAGAGCAUUAUUGAUAAAUCCAAGUCUGUGAAAACGGUCCUCAUGCAGCUGUUUGAGGACUCUGGCAACACUGAUGUGGAGGGCAUUGACACCACAAAUGCCUGUUAUGGUGGGACGGCUGCACUCUUCAAUGCUGUAAACUGGGUUGAGUCCAGCUCAUGGGAUGGCCGUUAUGCCUUAGUUGUAGCAGGGGACAUUGCUGUGUAUGCCUCAGGAAGUGCCAGACCGACAGGGGGCGCCGGUGCUGUGGCAAUGCUCAUUGGGCCCAACGCGCCUUUGGCCUUUGAACGAGGUCUGCGAGGAACGCACAUGCAACAUGCGUACGACUUCUACAAACCUAACCUCAUGUCUGAGUAUCCUGUGGUGGAUGGCAAGCUGUCUAUUGAGUGCUACUUGCGUGCCUUGGACCGCUGCUACUCCGUGUACCGGAAUAAGAUCCACGCUCAGUGGCAAAGAGAGAACUCCGAGAAGCGCUUUUCCUUGGAGGACUUUGGCUUUCUUGUCUUCCACUCGCCGUACUGCAAGCUGGUGCAAAAGUCUUUGGCCAGAUUGAUGCUGAAUGACUUUCUGAGACACCCCUGCCCAAACACUGAGACGGGCCCCUUCAACGGCCUCGAAGCUUUCAGAGACGUAAAGCCGGAGGAAACUUACUUCGACCGGGACGUGGAGAAGGCCUUCAUGAAGGCCAGUGCGGACUUGUUUGAGAGAAAGACCAAGCUCUCUUUGCUCAUAUCCAACCAGAACGGAAACAUGUAUACCCCUUCGGUCUAUGGCUGCUUGGCAUCUGUCAUUGCGCAACACACAUCUUCACAGUUGGCAGGUCAGAGGAUUGGAGUCUUCUCCUACGGGUCAGGAUUUGCUGCAACUCUGUAUUCUCUCAGGGUCUCACAGGACCACACACCUGGUUCUGCUCUUGACAAACUCAUCUGUAGUUUGAGUGACCUCAAGGUCAGACUGGAAUCAAGGAAGAAGGUUUCACCUCCUGUCUUCUCUGAAAACAUGAAGCUCAGAGAAGAGGCCCACCACCUCGCCAACUACGUCCCUCGUGGCUCCGUGGACGAUCUGUUUCCGGGUACUUGGUACUUGACGCGUGUGGACGAGAAACACCGCAGGGAAUAUGCCAGGAGACCUCUGGACAAUGACCUACCUUCGGAGCCGGAACGUCUUCGCUCCAGCGACGCCACCGAGCACAUCCCGAGCCCAGCCAAGAAGAUGCCACGCAUCCCGGUCACCACCGCCAACUCCGACACUGGCGUUGGCAACUGAGAGCCCUCGGCUCUCUCCGUCAAGGUAUCGAGGUCCAGUCAUUUGGAAACGGUGCAAACACGUGCGCUCAAAAGGCCAAAGUGUUAACAGCGGAGCUCGUGGACAGCCCCGGACACUGCUGAACCACCGGUCGCUGGCACAUCCUCCCCCAGACCACGCGGCUAUCAAGCGUGGACACAAAUAUUUCAUGCCUAAUUAAACUCGUUAUGAUAAUCUACGGGUGUGAGGAAAACCUCUCCAAAUGUAUUUUUGUAACUUAAGUAUACCCGUGAAUACAAUUUGAGAGGCAAAUUGACAUUGCACGGUCAUUGAGACAUUAGUUUGAUAAUCAGCUAUUUGACUUUCAGUUACUCCCAAGCAAAACAAAAGAAAUGUUUUAUCUUUAAUAUUAUGCAUUAAACUGCAAACUGGGACUGACACUUUUCCAAUGUUUAGUUUUCCAGAUCUCCCACGGCACUCUAAACAUAAACACAGCAUGUAUCUGCUAACUAUAAUUGAAAGAGAUACUACACUACAUUUUUUGUAGGGGGCGAAAUUGUCUGAAGUCCGUUUGCAUUAGUAGUAGUUCAACUUUUUUUUUUUUUUUUUUUUUUUUUUUUUUUUUUGUGCUUCCGUUAUUGUCGUAUUUGACCGGGAGCUCAAUAGCAAAAAAAAUACUAAUUGCGUCUAGAACUGACAACAAGUCAUUCUUGGUUGUUUAAGUUUCUUUCUUUCGCCUGUGUCGCCCUGGUUGUUUUAUUCCCGUCGCGUCUUGAAUAAAAUAUCCGGCAUGCGCAUAUAUAAAUACUCAGGUAGAAGCCGUGGCAAGCAUCAGUCUUGAAAUAAAUGUGGGUAAGCUAUAGACAGACAAUUGGAGUCAGGACAGUUCUACACGAUGCCAUUAAGAAGCCUUAUUAUAUACAUGUAUCAAAUGUACAUAUAUUCUCGAUUGUACAGUUAGCGUUGGUGCCUCCUCCGCAUGCUAGCGUCACAAAACGCAAUGUGGCUAUGUUUCGCUAGUGUGACUGCAACGUCGUGUAACGCGUGGCUGGCCGAAAAGGUCACGCGAUCUUUAUAAUUUUGAUGGUAAUGUACAGUCAAAGCUGUAAGAUUAUUUAUGCUUUGUAGAUUGGUUUCAAAUUCAUUGUAGCCAUUCCAUUUCUGUAUACUUAGAAAAUGAAUAAAUCAAUACUGUAUUCAA